GCGGCGGGCUCUUUCCCGCUCGAGGUCCUCCCGCAUCGCUCCGCCAUGUUGCCGGGCCCGCCCCCCCGCUCCCGGCCCGCCCCGUGCAGCCGCCGCGCCGCACGGCCCCGGCGCGACGCCGCCGCCAGCCAAGAUGCUGAGCUUCUUCCGCCGGACGCUGGGGCGCCGCUCCAUGCGCAGGCAUGCGGAGCGGGAGCGGCUGCGUGAAGCCCAGAGGGCUGCGACCCACAUCCCGGCAGCUGGAGAUGCCAGGUCGGUCAUCACCUGCCGUGUGGCUCUGCUGGAUGGCACCGACGUCAGCGUGGAUCUGCCGAAAAAAGCCAAAGGCCAGCUCCUGUUUGAGCAGAUCAUGUAUCAUCUGGACCUUAUAGAAAGCGACUAUUUUGGAUUAAGGUUCAUGGAUUCUGCACAAGUGGCGCACUGGUUGGACAACACAAAAAGCAUCAAAAAGCAAGUUAAAAUCGGCCCGCCAUACUGUCUGCAUUUUCGUGUCAAGUUUUACUCGUCAGAGCCCAACAAUCUGCGUGAGGAGCUAACAAGGUAUUUAUUUGUUCUGCAGCUAAAACUGGAUAUUCUGAGUGGAAAGUUGGAAUGUCCUUUUGACACAGCCGUCCAGUUGGCAGCUUAUAAUAUGCAAGCUGAACUUGGGGACUACGAUCCUGCUGAGCAUGUCCCUGAGCUGGUAUCUGAGUUCAGAUUUGUGCCUACUCAGACUGAGGAGAUGGAGCUGGCCAUCUUCGAGAAGUGGAAGGAAUGCAGGGGGCAAACACCAGCACAGGCUGAAACUAACUACUUAAACAAAGCUAAGUGGCUGGAAAUGUAUGGUGUAGACAUGCACAUAGUCAAGGCAAGGGAUGGCAAUGAUUACAGCCUGGGACUAACCCCUACAGGAGUUCUCGUCUUUGAAGGAGACACAAAGAUUGGUUUGUUUUUCUGGCCAAAGAUAACAAGACUUGACUUCAAGAAGAACAAACUCACUCUUGUUGUUGUUGAAGAUGAUGAACAGGGGAAGGAGCAGGAGCAUACUUUUGUCUUUAGACUGGAUCACCCCAAGGCUUGCAAACACUUGUGGAAAUGUGCAGUGGAACAUCACGCCUUCUUCCGGCUCCGAGGUCCUGUCCAAAAAAGCUCAAGCAGAUCAGGCUUCAUUCGGCUGGGCUCCCGCUUCCGGUACAGUGGGAAAACAGAAUACCAAACCACCAAGACCAACAAAGCAAGGAGAUCAGCAUCCUUUGAAAGGAGGCCCAGCAAAAGAUACUCAAGACGGACGCUACAAAUGAAAGCACAUGUUGCUAAACUUGAAGAAACGAGUUUCCCAAACAGUGCUGUUAUUACUCAGACCAAUGGAUCACAAAGUUGGAAUGUGAAGCCAAACUUACCUGUCCUAACAGCAGCAGUUCCUUCUGCCCCAGUCCUAGUGGAAAUAGAGAACCUCCCAAGGAGCCCAGGAGGCAGCCAGCAGGACAAGAAGUGCAUACCCCUUGUUGAUCUCCUCGACAGUGUGGAUUUGCCAGAGACCUGUGUGGAUGAUGCUGUAGGCAGUCCCGUCGUUGCCCUGGUAACAGGAGAUUCAAGAGAGGCUGUGGGCUGCCCUCAUCUUGGCACUAAGGAAGCUGCAGUUGAAAAAACAGACUCUGACCCAUUUGAAGAUGCAUUCCUAAAACUGAAGCAGCUGGAGGCAGAGUGCGGCAGCCCUGUGCCCACUGAGUGUCCCAACAUAAACAUCAACGUGCAGGAUGAAGUGGUGAAGCUCACAGAUAAAUGUCUUAACAAUGCAAUGGAGAGCCCGAUAGCAGCAGCAACAUGGCUUCCAGCUGACAUGAAAAGCAAUAUCCUGAAGGCCCAGGUGGAAGCAGGGCACAAGGCUGUAAGAGAAGACAGCCUGACAGGUAACAAGAAUUCCAACAUUCAGGAUGCUGCUUCCAGGAACAUCCUCCCAUCAGGGAAAACCCAGAGCAGUUCCUCAGCAAGCAGUCCAGUAUUUCAAAACAACCUGAAAACAACCCCUGCCUCAAACACAUUCAUUCCUAAUGCAUUAAAUGAGGAUAAUGCUGCCUCUAACCAUGAAGAGUUGCUGAUUCCAGCUAAUCUUGCUCCAGCUGAGGAGGCUGCUGUUUCAAAGAGCGCUCCAGAUGACCAGGACGUUUUCCUAUCAUCAUUGACAGAGAAUCUAAUUGACUUUACAGAAGCAACACCUCGGGUGUCUUCCCAGCCCACAAUAACACCGAGGUGGUUAGUGCCAACUGGACUGAUGUCCAAUGGGCCUUUGGGAAAUGAUGUUGCCUUAUCUCUGAAAGCAGUGAAAGGCAGCGCAGAGGCUCUGUUGUCAUCAGCUGGAUUGCCACCGUGCCAGCAGACAGCUGAAGUCCUUGCAAGCCCAGUCGCUGAGGAUGCUGCAGUAAGGACGAAAUGUUUACUCACCACUGAACUGUAGAAGAUGGAGCUUCUGUACUUCCCACCCAGUAAAAACUCAAACUCAAAUCUUCUGACAUCUACAAGGAAUCCUUCUGAAAGACUUGCUUGGGAUGAAGCUCUUACUGAAUGGGAGUGAAACAGCAGCUGGUUUGCUAGAAUCCAGGAAGAGACUUUCACAUUUAUUGCAAUCUAACUGGAAUUACAGUCUGAGCCGAAAUGUAAAACCGCAUGGAAGUUUGAUCUUCUCCCUCAAGAGAAGUGAAGUAUCACACUGGAGCUAAUUCUGAACAUGAGGAACAAAAUGUAGUUGUGUUCCACUCACACUUGGUUUAGUCUCAUGCCUCUCAAAUGUUACGGGCAAGUGAUCACUGUGAUGUUAGCUUUGCAGUAUUUGAACACGUCCCUGUCCUUUGUAGAGUAAUAUUGGGAAGAUUAGGAGAACUUCUAGGGCCACCUUGUGGGCACACUGUGUAUGGUGGCUCACAGUGGCAAUGACUGUUUCAUGUGGCCAAGAUCAUUUUCUUCUGUGUGAUUAGUCACUCUGAGUUUCCUUUGUUUUACUGCCACACAUGCUCCUUUUGGCCUUAAAGCCCUUGGUAAUCUUUGCACCUCUUCUUACAGGACAAACUAUUGUGACAAACUACUUUGACUGGAUUUGAGCUGCUCAUUGCAACCAGGAAAGUUAACCUGCCAAACCUCUUAUAGCAUUAGCAGAUUGCAGCAGAGGUCCCACAUUUUGACACUGGUUAUUUCAUUUCCUCUGUAACUCAAAUACAGAUGUGUACUUAGGCUAUAGGUGUAUUUUUUUGUUCUCAGCAUUGAAGUAGCGAAGUUGUGAGUACAGCUUACUUCAGGAGCUGCUUUUUGGUUAGUUCUGUUGUCGUUCAGGGCUAGGAAGGACAAGAUUUUCAUUUUGUCUAUUCACAUUGUUGCUAGGUGUUGGUUUGAGGUCCUGUGCUUUGGAGAAUACUUAACACACAGCAUAAGGCAUGAGGGUACAACUGGGUCAGUUCUUAAUACCACCUUGAAUCCUGUUCCAAUAGCGUGUGGAACAAAAUACAGAGUAAGGUGAAAAUGGGGAAAAGAGAUGAAACAUUCCCAAAAGCACUUCACCUGCUUCUAGGAGAAAGGUAGGAGCACUUGCAAGAGCGUGCUCUGCAGUGCUGGUAAAGACUUUUUGGUGCUCAGGUAAAGUACAGGAUACAGCACAUACAAUUUGAAGAGUGUCCUGGGCUUCAGGAUCCCUGUGUAGAGGUGAGAACAUGGACCCUGGGAAUAUAUCCCUGAAAAUACCAGUGCAGAGUCAGAGGAAGAAGUGUAGAAGCCCAGUGAUGAAUUCCACAUCUCCAAACAGGGAAGCACAGUUGAAGCUACUGGGAUCCUUCUCAGGAAGAGGUUUGUACGUAUGAGUGGGCUUGGAGGAUGUUUUCUGCACAGUGCUGCUCUUUAUUUAUAUCCAUGGGGUUCUUAGGAACAAUUUUAAAUGUGGAAGUGAGUUAGAAACCUGUAUGCACAACUUUCUUUGUGCGUGCCUGCUGCGUGAGCGUAACUCCGUGUGGACAAAGAGUUGGACCAAAGCGCUGUGGGUUGUGCAAGGUAAGCUGCUGUCCUGUUAGGCUGCUGCUUUCAGGUUAGGGUAUGUCUUGGGUGUUCUUAUGGCUGUUCUCAUUAUUUUUUAUAAGAUGCUGACUGAGAGUUUUAAGGAAGAAACUGCUUGGCAUUACACAGCCCACUGCCACUCCUCAAAACCUCAGAGGCCUUAACAGAAAAACAUAGGGACCAUUGGGAGCAAUUAUGACUGACUAUGCUACAGAGAGUGAUCUGCAGCCUUUGCCUAUGUAACCUACAGUUGAAAUGGACGGCAGGAGCUUCAGGCACACUUCCCCAUUCACAGCACUGCCAGCCAAAGGGGAGCUGCUCUUUGGGCCUAAGUGGUGCACUUCUGCUGGCCAGCAUUUACCUCCCAUCAUUGCUUCCAGCAGAGUAUUGGCUUUUUUAUAUUUUAAAACUGAGCUUUAUUACAUAUUAAAACAUGAAAGAUACCCGAUUCAAAUAUCAAAUGUCUUAGUGUGGAUUAACAGAGUUGCCAGAAAAGUUCCUGCAGCAAAAAAGGGAAGCUAUGGCUGCGACAGUCUGCUUCCUGCACAAAGCCAGGACUGUGUGGGGAAACUUGGCACUCACUAUCGAUCUGUUUGCUCAGCAGCUGAGCUGGCAUUCACCAACUACAUGUGUUGGUUUUGUAAAUAGACAGAAUGCAGAAGCAUUUUCUUUAAGGCAUGUUUGAUAUUUGACUCUUCCCAUUGGGUUCAGGAGCUCUGUGAACUGUUAGCUUGAGUUUCUCCCAGAAGUAAAAUAACAGAAGUUUACACUUUUAAAGUACUGAGUGCUAAAUUAUUAGAUCCCUUCUGGGAAAUCACAUACAGCAAAAAAAAAAAAAAAAAAAAAAAACUACCCUAAAAACAAGUAAGGAACACAUGGUGAAUGUGGUCUCCUAAAAUCUAAAUGGUUCCAAGUCCCAAUUGUUACACUGCCAGUGUGGCUGGGCUGUUGGUGAUGGAGGGAAUGUUGCAUUUAAACUCCCACAUGGGAGAAUUUCGUAGAGGCAAGGUUUUCCUCCACUUCCAGUAGCCAAAUACUUGAAAUUUUGCUUAAAAAUUCAAAAUUUUCAGCUUCUGUGUUAGAGAUCUGCAAUUUCCAGUAGAGUUGAGGCUGCAAACCUAGCUCUUCCCAGCAGGGUCCUGGAGCUGAAGGAAAUGCACAGUCCAUUUAACUCAUCGUAGCUUAUUUAGCUAUUCCAUUUGUUUGUAUGGGGAGCCUGAAGAGACUGAGACACCACAGUUAUGCGAUCUGAACAGGCACAUAAUCCAGUGUCCGAAGGUCCUGUAGCUUUGCAUCACUGGUUUGCUUUAAAACUACAGGCCUCGUGUUGUGCUGUGACUGGCUAUCAAGUAACGUAGCAUUAUUUAUCACUUGUGCUUUAUCAAAUGUAAGUAGACACGUGGUUCUUGCAGUUAAUGCUGUAGAGUAUCAAUGAGUCUCAGUAUGCUACUGAGAAGGAGGAGUUUUCCUAACAUGGCUGUUCUAUUGGUUGAUUGGCUGGAAGGUUCAGUCACCCUCUAAAAGGUUUGGUUUAUUUGUAUGUGUUCAAAGAAAUUGAUAAAUGAAACUUCAGUGUUAAUCUGAUGUUGGGAUGCUGGCAGAUCUGCUGACCACUUAAAAGCUUUGAGAGCUGAAAGGAAUGAAGAAAUACAGCUACAUGCUGUGUUGCAGUCAUUUGGAAAAGGCCAGAUCCCUUAAAAAAUUAUAUAUACGUAUAUAUAUAUAUAAUUUUUCAGGUUGGAAUGCACUCCAAUUUAAACUGCAGUUCCAUGCAGAGCUUGUCAGAGACAGCCAGCUGUACCAGAGGUAUGUUUUGGACAACUCUUUGGUCACAACCUGGCUGCACCAAAUGAGGUCUCAGGUGAAAGGUUCGGUUCCAUUUGGGUCUUCCCACAUGCUGUUGUCAGCCCAUGCACCCAAUUCUUGCUUUUGUUUCUCAAAGCAAAGCCAUACUGUUCAGAUCUGCCACAAACUGCACUGGAUGUAUUUUCCACGUUGUGAAUGUGUUGUAGGACAACCUGAAUCUCCCACAGGUGAAGCGCAGAGUGUUUGUUAGUUAGAAAGCGGCGGUGAAAUUACGUAGCUAUUAGAUGCAUUAAUGUCACAGCUAGACAAUCGUAGCUUUUAUACCAAAAAAGUAGAACUCCAUGCUAAUGGCCUUCCAGCGAUGCAGGUGUAAUAUCCACGUCCAAGAGUCAGCACUACAGAAGGAACAGGCUGUGCCCAUCUGCUGGGACGAGGGGUGGGCAUUGCUCCCUGUGCUGUGUCACAGCAGGGAGCCACGGGGCUUCUCCUGCUAAGUGCACCUCUCUUGUAUUGUUGGGCUUGAGCACUUUGCUUCCUAAACACACACACGCUCCUUCCUAUAACUGGAGAAACCUAUUUUUGAAGUACGUAAGAGUAUUUUUUUAGCUAGAUUUUUUUUGUUAAAGCCACACUAACUACUGUAUUUUUACCUUUUUAUAUGUGAAGCUCGGCGGUAGCUCUCAGUGUGUAAUUUAUUUGGAUUUUUUUAUAAAACAAAGUGCACCCUCUUGCUUCUGUUUCACAGUAGUGACGUAUGAGCGGCUUUGGGCACUGCACUGCCAUCUUUAUGGAAACUGUACACGGGAACGAGGAACUGUGGUUUGUAGUCCGCAACCCGAUCUCAAAAUGUUUAUGCUGUAGUUGUGUCUGAAAUACACCACGUCCGUGCAAA